AUGCCUUCCGCCGAAUUUCUAAAAGCCGCCGAGGAGAGCCGUCAGCUCAAGGCCAAGCCGUCCAACGAUGAGUUAUUGGAUAGCCAGCAGUUCGAGGGAGGCGGCUCUGAACAGGAAAUGGAAGAAGCGAACCAUGGCCCCGCCAAAGAAAAGACAGGCAGGGGUGAAGGAGUCCUGCCUGCUCAUUUUGGGGGUACUGGGUCGCCAUGA